GGUGUCGGUGGGAGCAUGUUUCAAAGCCUAGACUUCAGUGUGAGGACAGGCCACAGCAGUUUGCAAAACAAGAGGGGAGGGGAGAGAUAACAGUAACAUAUGCGGACAGUGCAGGACACAUGGCAACCCCCACUGUGGGGUCUGAUCCCCAGCCCCUGAAGCAGCUCCCAGGAAUCUCAGCCCCUUUCUGCAAUGGAAGUCCGAAUGCAAAGGGGUACAUUGCAGAGAGGGACAGCGGUAGCUGGCAGCCACUCAGGGGCCAUUCCCUAGGAAAGCUCAGCGGUUUGAGGGUAUCCACUAGUAAGGGGGUACUGGGUGACUGUGUUUGAGAUAUGAUCUGGCCCCAGGGCGGGGGAAGGCUGCUGGCUGUGCCCCUCCUUUGGAGAUCCCAGCCUGGCUGUGUGAGGGUGAGGAUUUUCUCUCUCCCCUCAGGAUGAGGUGCUAAUGAUCCAGGAGGCCAAGAAAGAAUGCUAUGGGUCAUGGUACCUGCCUGCGGGGAGAAUGGAGCCUGGGGAGACCAUCGUGGAGGCCCUGCAGCGGGAGGUGAAGGAGGAGGCCGGGCUGCACUGCGAGCCUCUGACAUUGCUGUCUGUGGAGGAGCGGGGCCCCUCCUGGAUCCGCUUCGCGUUCCUUGCUCAGCCCACAGGUGGAGUUCUCAAGACUUCCAAGGAGGCAGAUGCAGAGUCCCUGCAGGCUGGCUGGUACCCACGAACCUCCCUGGCCACUCCUCUGCGAGCCCAUGACAUUCUGCACCUGAUUGAACUGGCUGCCCAGUACCGCCAUCAGGCCAGGCACCCUUGCAUUCUGCCCCAAGAGCUUCCCUGCAGUCUGGUUUGUCAGCGGCUCGUGGCCACCUUUACCAGUGUGGCCACCCAGACAGUGUGGGUGUUGGUAGGCACAGUGGGGGCGCCUCACUUGCCCAUCACUGCCUGUGGCUUCACCCCAAUGGAGCAGAGGGGUGGCAUCAACAUGGCCAUCUUGCGGCUGCUACAGGAGUGUCUGACUCUGCACCACUUGGCAGUGGAGACCAAGGGGUUGCUGGGGCUACAGCACCUGGGCAAAGGCCAUACGGAUGGCAUCUGCCUGAAUGUGCUGGUGACAGUGGCUUUUCGGAACCCAGGUAUCCAAAAUGAGCCCCCAGAGGUUCGGGGUGAGAACUUUGUUUGGUGGAAGGUGAUGGAGGAAGACCUACAAAGCCAGCUCUUACAGAGGCUUCAGGAAUCAUCUGUUGUCCCAGUCAACAGAUAGAAAGGUGCCAUAAGUAGACACGGAGCUGCUGUCUGUGCUCCCUCCACAUGGCUUCCCCUCCCUCUUAGGGAGGCAGGAGGUUGGCAAUCAGGGAUCCUGUUGUAUCGGGAGCAGGAUAGUUCUCCUGCUUCUCAGGGGGACUUCCAUCUCUCCUCACCAUGAGCAGGUCCCUACAUUGCACCAGAAGGGACAGUGCCUGUAACCAAGCAAGGAGUCCAGAGCUCAAGGGGAUAUGGGAACACUCUGAAUCCGAGACAGCAUCUUCUCUUCUAUACCAGGUUCUCAGGCACUUGGAAUAUGAAGGGGGUUCUGGGGGAGGUCACUCCAAGGACUGUGUCCCUUGCUGAGUAAAUAGGUGUUGCUUACUUUGCCUUCCUGCCUAAAUGUCUCUGUGGGGAGCAAGUGAGCAGGAAGGGGGGACUGCUCUCAGAAGAGAAGCUCCUCCCCUUGUCCCUCCGAGGCCUUGCCAGACCGCAGGCUGACACAGCAGGGGCCAGCCUGGGUGCUGGGAGCCAGGAGCAGGCAGGCUUCCUGCUGUCCACCUCGGCCUGUCUCGGGCACACUGAGAACCUCUUCGUCUUGUCUGCCGGGUAGGAUGUGACCACAUCCCCUCCAAGUUUUGAGCAGUGAGAAUGCCAGGGAAGCUUCGGGUAGGUGAGGAGUCAGGAGCUGCCCAGGCCUGGAUUUCCUUCUCCUUGAGCUGAUCCCUCCCCAUUCUGCUGCUGGGCCCCUGGCUCUUGCCUCUGCCUUUUUAUAACUCUAGCCCAAACCAAACCCAAAUCUUCUCAUUUCCCCUUAGCCCAGCUGAAUCAUAGUAGGAAUGAACUUUACUAAAAUUUAAAGGAAAACUAAAAGGAAUGAACAAAGAA